UUAUAUGGCAUUAAACUUUUUCACUACUCGUUUAACUGCAUCACUCAAUCAGAAAUCAGCUGACUACAAGGUUGUAGUUAGUCGAGCGAUGGUGCUUCUCUUGCAAACGACAAAGUUUCCGGUGUUGGUCUAUCGUGGUCUGCUCCUCUUUUUUCUGGGCAUAUGUUUUUGUUGGGUUUCCGAAGCACUACACAACAUAAAGGGAGAAUUUACGGCUUCUAAGAUAUCAUUUUACACAGAAAGUGCUGCAAAAUUUUGGAUAUCUUUCUGUUGUGGCGUUGCCUCAGUCACAGUAGGUCUUUUAUCUCCAUGUGUUGACUCUAAACUUGGUGCUUUCGAUGCUUAUAAUAAGGAGUGGUCAUCGGUUCUGCGGUGUGCUGCUCUGUUCUUCGGUUUUAGCCAUGCAACCGCUAGAAUAGAUUUCGCCACAUACUCACAGCUAUCACUUACAGCAAUUGGACUAUCUAUUGCACUGUGGUGGGUAUUUGACAGGUCUCUUGUUGGAUUUGUCUUUGGAAUGGCAGUCGCAUUGCUUGCUACAUUUAUUUUUCAAUCAUUUGUUUGGAAGCAGCUCUACAGAUAUUCUCACCCCAUGAUGGCUGCUUGGUUGCCUUGUCUUUUCUUCUCGGGUGGUGUCGUUAUUGUCCUGGUUGGCCGACAAUUAGCGAAAGCUGAUGUUAUGGAGCUGAUGCAAAGGAAAGUCAAAUAAUUUCCAAUCUUCAAAUUCCACACCAAUCAUAAACUUUCUUUCUAAACCACUGUACAUAAAGUUCAAACAUGUAUAGAAAAAAUUAGUUCUUCCAUAUGCAUUUUAUAUACCCAUAAGCUUAAUAUAACCUCAUGACGUUUUUGGGUUUCUUUGUUUGUACUCUGAAUGCAGUUUAUUUUAUCAUUAACAUCAAAUAUACCUCAGUUUACAAAUGUAAGUCGCAGUUUUGGACUGUGUUGUAUCCAACGUCUAAGAAAUAUAUUUACUGAUCUGUUCCUAUAUGUUUUAAUAAAGUUUUGUUAGUUUCUGCAUCUUAUGUAACUCAGUCCGUUGUGCCCUAAUCCAGUACAUCCAAGUAAAACCCCAUCUUGAGAACUCUUUUUGUCUACAUUAAUCCGAAUCUCAUGAAAGUUGAUGUCAAGAUCUCACAUUAAAAUAAGAUUUACAAUAAGUUUAUGUAAAUUUCCAUCAGAUUCACCCCUAUUUUCAUAUAUAUCUGAUUGUCAGUACUUCACUAGUAAAUAUACGGCCUAUUAACCCUUG